AUGGCUGAAGAAGUGAAGCUGUUUGGCAUGUGGGCAAGCCCUUUUAGCGGCAGAAUUGAAGUGGCCCUAAAGCAAAAAGGGGUUCAGUAUGAAUACAUAGAAGAGGACUUGUCCAACAAGAGUCCUUCGCUUCUCAAGCAUAACCCAAUCCAUAAGCAAAUCCCUGUGCUUUUGCAUAAUGGAAAGCCAGUUGCAGAGUCACUUAUCAUCAUAGAAUACAUCGAUGAGACCUGGAAGCACAACCCCAUCUUGCCUACAGACCCUUAUGAGAAGGCCAUGGCUCGGUUCUGGGCUAAGUUCGUAGAUGAGAAACUCCUGCCAGCAUUAUGGAAGGCUUUGGUGGGCGAGGAAAAGGAGCGAGAGACGGCCAUUGAAGAAGCUCAUCAGCAGCUGAAAACCCUGGAGAAUGAGCUCGAAGAGAAGAGAUUCUUUGGAGGGGGCGGUCUGGGAUUUGUAGACGUAGCAGCAAAUAUUCUAGUUUGGCUGGGAGUUAGCCAAGAAGCUCUGGGAAUGAACAUCAUAGGUGAAGAGAAAUUUCCCAUUCUGCAUGCAUGGACUCAGAGGCUCUUUGAUGAUGCUGUCUUCAAGCAGUGUGUGCCACCAAGAGAGAAACAUGUUGCCUAUUCUCGAGUUCAUUUUGAAUCCUUAACUGCUCAUAAAUGAAGGGUUGAUAGCAUGAUACCAAUCUUUGUUGUCAUAUACUUCACUACUAUGUAUUCUGUAGUCAUAAGAGAGUGUGAUCCAUGCAGAGUUGGAUGGAGUUAGAACCGGUUUCGUAGCGAUUCUAAGAAGCGCUUUUAAUAUUUCUAAUACUUGAAAAUUUUUAUUAUUCAAGUAUUAAAAAUACUAAAAACGUUUUUCUAGAACCACUCCCAAAAGCACACUUAGUCCAGUUUCUUUGAAUAAAUACUGAUAUGGUAUGUCAUUAUAUUUGUUG